AUAAAAAGAAAGCUUAUAUGUUCUUUCUAUUAUAGUACUUUCUUUUCUUUUCUUGUUUUUGUUACUACAAAACCAAUCAGUCAUGGAUUCAUCAAGAGUAGUUCAAAGUAAAGUGGUUGAGAACAAGGAUGAACAAAACCUUGAUUCACAACAUGUGGUGACACAUGAUGCAGAAGAGCACACUGAGCCUGAGAAGAAAUCUGUUAUGAGUAGGGUGAAGGCAAGGGCUAGGAAAAUCAAGAACAGUAUUACUGGGCAUAGUCCACAAACUCCUGAUCAAACUAGUGGACAUGACAGUGAAAUUCAGCAUGCUACUGAAGAUGAUGAUGAUGAAGAUGAUGAUGGUGACUUGGAUGAGGGGAAAGAAAAUGUUCAAGAGCCACUAGGUCAUAAAGCACCAAAUUAUGGUAGUAGAGAUGUUACAAGUGCAACACCUACAACUGAUUAUGAGAAAGUUGAAAAUUUAAGAAAUUCGGUAUUUAAUUUGGAAGGUUCAAAAGAUGUAGGCGAAGAACCUCGUCGUGAUCCAUCAGUUGAAGGUGUUUCUUCAACUACUGGAAUCAAUCGAAACAUAGCCACUGACAUGGCCAAAGCAUUUGAUCUGGAAGAGAAGCCAGAUCAAUUCAAGGCUGAUUUCGAGAGGCCGAUAUUUUCGAAGAAAGAUCCUCAAGAACAAGGGAGUAGAACUGAUGCAUAUGAUCUUCCCAAGUAUCAAGCCAGAGACACUGAUCCAAAUGUUGAAGUUUAUGACAGUGAAGAUGUUAAAAGUGCUACACCUAAAUUUGAAUCUGAGCAAGUUGAGAAUCUAGGAAAUUCAGGAAUUGGUUUUGAAGGUGCAAAAGUUGUAGGAGAAGAACCUCGUCACGAUUCACUGGUUAAAGGUGUUUCUUCAACAAACAUUGAGUCCGAUCAAAACACAGCCAAACCAUUUUCUGUGAGAGAUAAGCCAGAUCAAUUCAAGGCCGAUUUGGCGAGGUUGGGAUUUUCGAAAGAAGAUUUUGAUGAACAAGUAAAUAGAACUGAGGCAUCUAAUCCCAAGUAUCAAACCAAUGACACUUAUCCAAGUGAAGAUGUUAAAAAUGCUACACCUCCACCUGAAUACAAGCAAGAUGAAAAUUUUGGAAAUUCUGGAGUUGGUUUUGAAGGUGCAAAAGUUAAGGGAGAAGAACCUCGUCACGAUUCACUAUUUGAAGGUUUUUCAUCAACAACCUCUGACACCAAUCAAAACAUAGCUAAACCAUUUGCUGAGGAAGAUAAGCCAGAUCAAUUCAAGGCCAAUUCGGAGAGGCCUGGAUUUUCGGACGAUUUUGAAGAACAAGGAAGUAGAACUGAGGCAUAUACUCUUCCCAAGCAUCAAACCAGUGACACUUAUCCCAGUGAAGAUGUUAAAAAUGCUACACCUCCAGCUGAAUACAAGCAAGAUGAAAAUUUUGGAAAUUCUGGAGUUGGUUUUGAAGGUGCAAAAGUUAAGGGAGAAGAACCUCGUCGCGAUUCACUAUUUGAAGGUGUUUCAUCAACAACCGCUGAAACCAAUCAAAACAUAGUCAAACCAUUUGCUGAGGAAGAUAAGCCAGAUCAAUUCAAGGCCAAUUUGGAGAGGCCCGAAUUUUCAGAAGAAUUUGAAAAACAAGGAAGAGGAAUUGAGGCAUAUACUCUUCCCAAGUAUCAAACCAGUGACACUUAUCCAAGUGAAGAAGGUGAAUUAAAAGACAGUAAACCACUUGAGGAAUCUCUUGAGAGAUUGAAUGUUCAUGAUGAUGAGUCAAAACCAAAAAUCCUGCCACAUGUUGCUGACACUGAAUACCCUGCUUCUGCUGGAAGCCAUGAUCAGUUUGUGCCACACUUCUCUGAUGCAACAAAAACUAAGAAUGAAUAUCCUCAGGAAACGGUAUCGACAGAUAUCAAUAGAAACCAGGAAUUUUCGGAGAAAGAUUCUCAAGAUCAAGGGAGUAAAACUGAGGCAUAUACUAUCCCGAAAUAUCAAAUCAGGGACACUGAUCCAAGCGGUGUUGGAAGUGAUGAGGUAAAAGACUCUACACCACUUGAGGAAUCUCUAGAGAGAUUGAAUGUGCAUGAUGGUGAUGAGCCAAAACCUAUCAGAGAACUAAAUAUUCAGCCAUCUGUUACUGACACUGAAUAUCCUGCUUCUGCUGGAAGCCAUGAUAUUCGUCAGCCUGUGCCACACUUCUUUGACGCAUCAAAAAGUCAUAAUGAGUUUUCUCAAGAAACAGUAUCCAAAGGUAUCAAUAAAAACCCCUCAGAAACUGAAGAAUCUUUCAACACUGUCACCAACACUGCUGAAAAACAACCAGGUUAUGGAGAAUCAGUGGAGACACAACCAAAGCACAACAAAAGCUACGCAGAUGAAAAUGAAUUCGCUUCUGCAACAACAGCUGAUAAAACUCUCACUAGCGAAAACGAUGAAGCUCUUAAGCUCGGUAGUUAUGGAACUAGCACUGGCAGUAAUGCAAAUGAUGGAACUGAAACGGACAAAGGGGCUGCUGUGAGGGACUAUUUCAAUGAGAAGUCAAGGCCUGGUGAAGAAGAUAAGGCACUUGCUGAGGUGAUUACGGAAGCUUUACAUAAAGGGAAAGACGAGCCGUUGAAAAGUGAGGAUGGAAAGGUUGAUAGUGAAGUUGAGAAGCCAGAGAAAGUGUUUGGUGAAGAAAGCAAUGUGGCUAGUCCAGGAAAAGGUAUGGUUGACAGGGUUACGGGUUAUGUUGGAUCUUGGUUUGCCAAACCUGAAGAGACCCCAUCACCACAUGGUGCAGGAAUUGGUACUGAAGACUUAUCAAAGAAUAAGGAUUCUGUUGCAGAAGUGAAACAUGAUGGCAAAGUUGUGGAUUCAGGAAGGAUUCAGGAGUAAUCCAAUUGAUUGAAGAACAAGUUACCUGAAUAAGUUUCUUUAUAAAUUUGUGAAGUGAUUCUGUUUAUUGUAAUUAGAUAGUUGUUCAUUGUUCUAUAUAAAGAGUUAAAGUUUGUAUGAGUGUGGAAAUUACUAUAUGCUAUUUUUGUAUGGAUGUGGUUAUAUAUGAGUGUACUAUGUCUUGUUUAUUUUAAUCAAUUAAUAAAAUUCAUCGUUUUCAUAUCUA